UCCCAUACUACUUUUAGAUACUUUAGUUAAUUUCAUUACACACAGUUCAUGAAGAGGCCGCUUACCGUCCAACACAACACUCUUUAUCUGUGGAGAAGCUGUGAGUCAGCAGAGUCCCAUCCCCUCUCUCAGUAGACCUGAAGAUCCAGAUCAGUCCCUGCUCGUCUCCUCUGCUCCAUGAUGUGGCUUCAGGAUCUGUUCCUUCUGCUCAACCUGAGAGGAUUGCUGUUCUUUACUUCUGCUCUUCUCCUCCUGGUGUACUUUCUGAACAAAAAGGAUCCACCAAACUUUCCUCCUGGACCACCACCCCUCCCUCUGUUAGGGAAUGUCUUCAGCAUCGAAGCUCAGCAGCCUCACAUUUACCUGACCAAGCUCGCCGAUGUUUAUGGGAAUGUUUUCUGCAUACGUCUGGGCCGACACAACACCGUGUUUGUGACCGGCUGGAGGAUGGUGAAAGAGGCCAUAGUGACACAGGCAGACAACUUUGUGGAGCGACCUUACAGCCCGAUGGUGACCCGGAUUUAUUCAGGGAACUCUGCGGGUCUCUUCUUCAGUAACGGGAGAGUGUGGAGGAGACAGCGGCGGUUCGCCAUGGCCUCGUUGCGUACCUUUGGUCGUGCUGAGAGCUCCAUGGAGCAGAGGAUCUGUGAGGAGAGCCGGUAUCUUCAGGAGGCGAUGGAGAGGGAGAAAGGUGAGCCUUUUGAUCCGGUUCCUCUCUUAAACUACGCUGUGGCCAACAUCAUCUCCCAGAUUGUGUUCGGGAAACGCUUUGACUACAGCGACAGUAUCCUUCACAGCAUGCUGAGGAAUCUGACAGAGGUGGCGUACCUGGAGGGCUCCAUCUGGGCUCUGCUCUAUGACUCGUUCCCAGCUCUGAUGAGACUCCUGCCGGGGCCGCACAACGCCAUCUUCAGCAACUCCAAAUGUCUGGAGGUGUCAAUCCGAGCUGAGGUGGAGAGGCACAAGCUGGAUCUGGACCCCAGCAACCCUCGAGACUACAUAGAUGCCUUUCUGAUCGAGAAACACAAAAGAAGUGGCGAGCUCGGCUUCGAUGAUGAAAACCUGGUUUUAUGUUGUCUGGAUCUGUUUCUGGCUGGAAGUGAAACGACGUCAAAGACUCUGCAGUGGGGCCUCGUCUACCUCAUCAACAACCGCCACAUUCAGGAGAAAGUCCACGCAGAGAUAGACGCCGUGAUCGGACCAACACGUCGGCCCAGUGUGGCUGACAAACCCAACCUGCCCUACACAGACGCUGUGAUCCACGAGAUCCAGAGGAUGGGGAACAUUGUCCCUCUGAAUGGGCUCAGGAUGGCCGCUAAUGACACGAUGCUGGGUGGUUACCUCAUACCAAAGGGAACCUCAGUGAUGCCCAACCUGACCUCGGUGCUGUUUGAUAAGAACGAAUGGGAAACACCCGACACCUUUAACCCCGAACACUUCCUGGAUGCUGACGGAAAGUUUGCGAAGAGGGAGGCAUUUUUACCUUUCUCUGCAGGACGGCGUGCGUGUCUGGGUGAAAGUUUGGCAAAAAUGGAGCUGUUCCUGUUUUUUGUGAGUUUGUUUCAGAGGUUUUAUUUUUCCACUUUGGAUGGUGUCGAGCUGAGAACAGAGGGAAUCACUGGAGCCACACGCACGCCAUUUCCCUUUAAGAUCUACGCCAGAGUCCGCUGAACCUGAACCCAAAGGACUGAGAGCAGAUCAUAAACAUUUAACCUGACAGGUGCAGCAACUGUGCCCAGAUUUCCUGAUACCCAAAGGCUAAUUUAGCUUUCAUGUGUUAAAUGAGCUUUCCUUUUUAUAUCUGAACGCAUUGCCCAGCUGUUCACAAAGCGAUCUGAUUGGUCCGAAUCAAUAUGUUGGUUAGUCUGGAUGUUACAGUCUACUAGUUACCUUAUGAAACUUAAAUAACAAACUAAUGAGUUUCAAUGUUUAGCGUGAACUUAACACUCUAACUUAAGACACAACUUCUACAGAGCUGCUGUUACACACUUUGUCCACAGGGGGGCACCAAAUCCACUCAAACAAAGAUUUGUGCUGGUCACUUUGAAUUAAAUGUUUCAUGUUUGAUGUUGAUGCUGUUUGGGUUGGGGUUAUGAUUAGGGUUAAGAUUAGG